AUGUCAAGACUAAUCAAGCUGCACCUGUUCAUUGUACUUCAGGCUUCAGUUACGGUAGUUUUUAUCUUCCUUCUACAUAAAAGAGAUUUACAACUAUAUCAGAAAUCACUAGAAAAUAAUAAAACUGAAUUAAAUCAAAACCAAUCCUCCAUCCUCAUCAUUUCAUCCUGGAGAUCAGGAUCAUCGUUCCUUGGUCAACUCUUCAAUAUUAACUCAAAUGUAUUCUACUUAAUGGAACCAGGCUGGCAUGUAUGGAAGAAUUUUCAGCACAGUAGUGCAAAUUCAUUGCAUGUUGAAGUCAGCAAGCUGUUGAAAUCACUCUUCCUAUGUAAUACAUCUGUCUUUGAUCCAUACAUCCAGCCUCUUAGCAGACUAAAUCGAAAUCUGUUUGGCUGGGCCCUCAGCCGUGCACUUUGUUCUCCCCCAGCUUGUGAUGCUUAUAAUUAUUCAGAAACGGACACUGAAGAGGCUUGCUCUAAGGCAUGUGGGAGUUACCCCUUGAGGAAUGUUGAGGAGGCCUGUCAAGCGCACACCCAUAUCAUUCUGAAAGAGGUUAGAAUACUCAGCUUAGAGCCACUGUAUAGUCUUCUGAAGGAUCCUGCUCUCAAUCUUAAGAUUAUUCAUUUAGUUCGUGAUCCUAGAGGUGUGUUCAGAUCCCGCAGUAAAGAACGUUCUGCCUUAAAUUUUGACAGCAAUAUCCUCUACAAUAACUUUAAGGAAAAAAGGAAUUUCCUUCAUUACUUUUCUGUAAAGAGGGAUUACAAACUGUUGGAGGAAAUCUGUAAAUCCCAGGUAAAUAUGUAUAAGCAAGCGACUCAGCAAAAUCACAGCUUCAUAAAAGGCCGUUACAAAAUGGUACGCUUUGAAGACUUGACAAAAGAUCCUUUGAAAGUUGUAAGUGACUUAUAUGAGUUUACAGACCUAACUUUAACCCCAAAACUUCACACUUGGAUCUAUAAUCUCACCCAUGGCACUGGAGAUGGAGGCAAAUAUGGGUCAUUUCAAGUUUCUCCGCGUGAUGCUGUUCAUGUUUCUGAGGCCUGGAAGACAGAACUUUCUAUUUUUACUAUCCAACAAAUUGAACAACAGUGUGCAGAAGCUAUACAAGUUUUUGGUUAUGACUUCUUUGUGUCCAAAAAUAAACAGAGGUUUUGA